AGACUUGUGAAAUUCAGUGCGAGCAAAAUAGACUCGUUUUUGAAAUGCCGGCAUUUCGGUAAUUCACGGAGGGAGUAUAUUUAGUCCCGAAAUGGUAGUUUGUUGGGUUGGUUAAUUCACGAGAUUAGGCAAAGUGGGGUUGAUUGUCCUCUCGUGAAUUAAUUCACCAGGUGUUAAUGCUAGUUUGUUGGGUUGGUUGAUUCACCAGGUGAACACCCUUCCUUGUUUCCUCCUCGUGUCUCGUUUGAUUGUCCUCUCCUCGUCCCCGAUCUUCCUCCGAUUCCCUUCUGCCAUCCGAGAGAAUCGUUUCCCGUUCCUGCGCUGCCGCCUGCGGAUUGACUCCAUAGCGCGCUGCUCGUCCACGAAUCGCUGCAGCCCCGGAGCUGCGCACACCACCUGUUCGACCAAACGCCCCGGAGCCCCAAUGGCGGGGCCGCCGUCCAGCAAACGUCAGCGCACGGCGGACCCUGCUCUCGCCACCUCAAGGAUUGAAGGCCUCACCACCGACCUCCUCCUCCGCGUCAUGUCCAACCUGGACGCGCGCCUCGCCGUGCAAAUCUGCGUCCUGUUCCCGUGCUUUCGCGACCUCUGGAGGUCCCUCCCCUGCAUCAACGCGACCUGCGAGGAGUUCGAGGAUGAUGAGGGCAUCGUCAACGAGGUGUCCUUCAAGGCCUUCAUCAACCGUUUCCUGGCGCGCCGCGAGUCCGUCGGCAUCGACAGGUUCCGGCUCUGCUACAGCAUCGUGGGGGGGCCCGGCACAGACCUCGAAGCCUGCUACGUCGACGCCAACGAUUGGAUCCGCCAUGCGUUGGAGCACGACGCCCGGAUCGUCGAACUCGAGAAUCACUCCGAACCGUUGGAGCUCGAUCCCGACGUGUUCACUUCCAAGUGCCUGGAAACACUGCACAUCGGCAAUGCUACUCUGGUCGAGGGCUUCUUUGAGCAACUCGAACAUGGGUGCCCUGGAUUGAAGGAUCUCGUCCUAACCAACUGCAUGAUUACGGACCAUGAGAUUUCCUCUCCGACUCUCGAGCUCUUGACCGUCCAAGAGGAACUUGGCUUUGUACAUGAUGAUCGCCUGGUUAGUAUUUCUGCUCCAAGCCUCAAGUUCUUCACCUUCGCUAAAAAUGAUGGCGUCAGGCUACCUUCCUUGAUCAACAUGGCAUCACUAGAGAAGGCAUGGAUAUUAAUUCCCGACGACAUCGAGGAUGUUAAUGCUUCUGAUAUCAAACAGUUUCUCAAGGGCCUUUCUGGUGUCACAAGAUUGACAUUCUAUUAUGGUCAUAGAAAGCUUACAAUGGAAAAGGAUUACCAAUGGUGUCCAAAGUUCAGCAAUCUUACAGACCUGAUUCUUGAAGGAUGGUGUGUGCAUGAGGACUUCUAUGCAUUGAUAGUCUUCCUACAGAACUCACCUAACCUGAAGAAGCUAACUCUGGAACUAGACAAACCGCGACUGCACCAGGGGAAAUUAUGUGCAAUAGUUGGCGAACUAGAAGAAAGAUCGUUUACUUGUGACCAGCUUGAGAUUGUGAAUAUCAUAUGCUCGGAGAAGGCCCUGCUCGCCAAGGUGAAGCAGUUCUUGCUUGAUGGAGGCGUAGAACUUGAGAAGAUCCAUGAUUGCCGCAAUUAGAUCUGUUGAAAGUCAAAGCAUAUGCCUUCUCUCCGAUUCAAGUGCAUGCAGUUGAAAUGUCAGAGGAUCGCUCGUUCACUUGUUAUGGCAGGCAAAUGUUCCUGUUGGAUCUACUUUCAUUGGUUCCAGUUCGGUUGGGAGCAACAGGAUAGCUUUGCUUCUUGUUUUUUGUCUUUUUGUCAUGCCUAGGAUUACCGGUGCAUUGAUAAAUCUGACAGAAUAUGUUUUUGUUGCUGAACGCAAGCCGAAAGACAGAUCAUGUCAUUGAAACGCGGCACUAAUUGUUGUUAAGAAUCCUAAACGUGGUAGAGUAAUAUGUGGUGUUCUGUAAUGUUUGAUUGAUAUAACUCGGUUAUCAUUUGCUUAUCAACGGAUUUGUGUUGCUACCGA